GCUGCCGCUGAACUCCGCCGGGCCCGGAGGGGCCCAGCCCGCCGCACUCCCCGGCGGCCCGGCCUCCUCUCGCGCGCUGUGCUGCCCGGCUGGCGCGCCGCGAGCCCAGCAUGGGGGGCAGCCGCUAGGGAGCCCCCUGCUGCCAUGCAGAGUCCCGCUGCCCGGCCUGGGUGAGGGGCCUGCAGCAGCACCUGGCAGAGAGAUCCUGGGCCCUAGGGGAAAGGGGCUGCCUCCAUCCAGCAGGAGACAGCCCUGCCCCACCCCGUCCCCCCUUGGGUAGGGGCUGGCUUCACCUGCUGUUUGGCCCUGACAUCAAGCCAGUGCCUGGGCCAUGUUCCCGCACCCCCUGGCUCCGGUGGCAGUGCGGGGUGCAGAGAUGGGUGCCCACUCUGUGCGCCGGGUCGCGGUGCCUGCCAGGAUGCGGGGCGGCAGUGGCACCAUGCUGUUGCCCUCCAUGCUCAUGUUUGGGGUGAUUGUGGCUUCCAGUGGCCUGCUGCUCAUGAUUGAGAGGGGCAUUUUGGCAGAGGUGAAGCCACCACCACUCCAUCCCCCACAUGGAGACCACGCUUGGAGGAGCAGCGGUGACACCAGGGCAGUGGACCCCGAGGACAUGGAUUACCAGGUGCUACAAGAUGUUCGUAACCGGACAAUCCGCACCAUGUGUGGGCAAAAGAAUAUGCCUCACAGCAUCUGGGAGCUUUCAGGAGGUCAGAGGAAAACAGUGCUCAAACACAUCCUGGUCAGUGAUAAAUAUCGUUUCUUAUAUUGCUACGUCCCCAAAGUCGCCUGCUCCAACUGGAAACGUAUACUGAAAGUUCUGGAUGGAGCGCUGGAGAAUGUGAAUGUCAAGCUCAAAAUGGACCACAAGAGUGACUUGGUUUUUCUUGGCGACAUGAAGCCAGAUGAGAUCAGCUACCGGUUAAAGCACUACUACAAAUUUAUAUUUGUUCGAGACCCGAUGGAGAGACUUUUAUCAGCUUAUAGGAAUAAAUUUGGAGAGAUCAAAGAGUACCAGUUAAAGUAUGGUGUGGAAAUAGUAAAAAGAUACCGAAAAAGCACCAGAAAAUCUGCAGGAGAUGAUGUCACUUUUUCUGAGUUUCUCCUAUACCUGUUAGAUGAAGAGGCAGAGAGAAUGAAUGAACACUGGAUGCCCAUCUACAACCUAUGCCAACCCUGUGCGGUGAGGUACGAUUUCAUUGGAUCAUAUGAAAGACUGACUGUGGAUGCAAAUUACAUUCUUGAACAUAUUCAAGCACCUUCUUUUAUCCGUUUCCCAGAACGACAAUCAUGGUAUAAGCCUGUGACUCGGGAAACUCUACAUUACUAUCUGUGUAACACAAAACAUGGGCUUAUAAAAGAACUGUUACCAAAAUACAUUCUGGAUUUCUCAUUGUUUGCCUAUCCUCUUCCAAAUAUUACUAGUGAAUUUUGCAGACAGUGAACUUUUUCUGUUUGCGGGUUGGUCUAUGCUAGACUCUUAUGCUGAUAGAAUAAUGUUGUGCAUCAUUUUUAUACUGGCAGAAGCUCUAGUGUAAGCAGUUGUAUCGGCAUAAAAAUACUUCUGCUGGUGUAGAUUAUUUCACUCAAUAACCUGUAUACAUUCUACUGGCAAAAACACUUUUAUGCCAGCAUAAACUGCGGCUACACUAGGAGGGUUUGGUGGUAUAGCUACACUGGCAAAAGCUACACUUUUCUAGUGUUGACAAAGCCUAUGAAACAAUCUGUGUCCUAUGCACGUUUUCUAAUUUUAUACUUUUUAAACCUUUUAAAAUGUCAAUAUUAUAUGAUAUAUAGCCUUUAUAACUAGAAUAUCUUUGUACUGUUCCAAUUUUACAUUGUCUAUGUGCCGCUGAGUUAAGCACAAUAGCUUUUAUAUGUCUUUUUUUAAAACUUCUCUCUACAGCACAAGACAGUGAAUAUUUGCAAAAGAAUCAGGGAAUGGAUAUAUUUUAAGCAUAAAGCAUUGUUCUGCUUUUGUGGUCCAGGUUACAUUUUCUGGGACAGAAUUACCCACAGCAUCAACUGUAUUAGCUGGUUUUUAAAGUUACUGCAAGAUAGUUAAAUUGUUCCGAGUGGAAGC